AUGAACCCCUCAGACCCCCAGGAGGUGGUCGAGAUGGCCAAAUCCUCCGUCGCACAGCAUGACAUGCACUCGGAGAAGAAAGACCUCGCCAUCGAGAAGGAAAUCUCCAUCGCGCCCAGCAUUCAGGCCGCCAGUGCGUCCAAGGAAGUCGUCGCGCAGUCGUCUCACGAGGCGCUCGGCAAGGUUCAGCCGACUCUGGAGGAGAUGAGCACUCUGCGCCGUGUCGCGGACGAAAUUCCCUGGACCGCAUACACUGUCGCGUUUGUCGAACUGUGCGAGCGUUUCUCUUACUAUGGAACCACCGCGGUUUUCGUCAACUUCAUCCAGCGCCCUCUCCCAGAAGGCUCUACCACUGGCGCCCUCACCCCCGGACAUGAUGUCCCCGGUGCGCUCGGCAUGGGCCAGCAGGCAUCCACCGGUUUGACCUUGUUCAACGCCUUCUGGUCCUACAUCAUGCCCUUGGCCGGUGCCUUCAUGGCCGAUCAGUACUGGGGUCGUUACCGCACCAUCAUGUUCUCCAUUGGAGCGGCGCUGCUGGGCCAUAUCGUCCUCAUCAUUUCUGCAAUCCCUCAAGUCAUUGCUCAUCCCCAGGGUGCCAUUGCGUGCUUUUCUAUCGGUCUAGUCAUCAUGGGUGUGGGUACCGGUGGUUUCAAAUCCAACAUCUCUCCCCUCAUCGCCGAGCAGUAUCGCGAGGAGCGCCCUUACAUCAAGACCCUCUCGUCGGGAGAGCGCAUCAUUGUGGAUCCCGUUGCGACCAUCUCCCGCAUUUACCUGUACUUCUACAUGAUGAUCAACAUUGGUUCCAUCCUGGGCCAGGUCAGCAUGGUUUAUGCCGAGCGCUACGUGGGCUUCUGGCUGUCCUACCUUCUCCCCACCAUCAUGUACAUGUGCUGCCCCACGGUCCUGUACUUCUGCCGCAACAAAUACUACCUCGUGCCCCCCACUGGCUCCGUCUAUCUGCAGGCUGGCCGGCUCUGGAAGCUGGCCAUGAAGGGUCGCUGGUCGUUGAACCCCGCCAGGCUGUUCACCAAAAACCCCAAGCCUUUCUGGGAUAGUGUCAAGCCCUCGGCGCUGGGGGCGCAGAGACCGGCCUGGAUGACCUUUGACGACGAGUGGGUCGACGAAGUGGCCCGUGGACUCAAGGCUUGCACCGUCUUCCUGUGGUAUCCUCUUUACUGGCUCGCCUACAACCAGAUGUUGAACAACCUUACCUCGCAGGCAGCCACCAUGGACCUGGGUGGCGUUCCCAACGACAUCAUCAACAACCUGAACUCCCUGUCGCUGAUCAUCUUCAUCCCGAUCAUGGACUGGAUCGUCUAUCCCUUCUUCCGCCGCAUCGGGUUCAAGUUCACGCCCAUCAAGCGUAUCGCCGCUGGAUUCUUCGUGGCCGGCCUGUCGAUGAUCGCUGCCACCGUCACGCAGUACUACAUCUACAAGAAGGGCCGCUGCGGCAAGAACGCCAACUUCUGUCUGGAUGAGUACGGCUAUCACUCGCCCAUCUCCGUCUGGGUGCAGGCCCUGACCUACGUGCUGGGCGGUAUCUCCGAGAUUUUCGCCUCGAUCACUUCCCUGGAGUACGCCUUCACCAAGGCCCCCAAGAACAUGCGCUCGCUGGUCCAGGCCGUGGCCCUGUUCAUGAACGCCUUCUCAUCGGCCAUCGGCCAGGCCCUCGUCGGUCUCAGCAACGAUCCCCUGCUUGUGUGGAACUAUGCAGUGGUGGCGAUCCUUGCGUUUGUCGGCGGUGCCGGCUUCUGGCUGACCAACUACAAGCUCGACGGCCGCGAGGACGAACUCAACCAGCUGCCGGAGAGUCGCUACGACAUGGGCGGCGAGACCAAGGUGGACGAGGAGACUGCUGCGCGGUGA